AUGGAAACGAGUCCUUCUUACGUUGCUGCGUGUCCCGACGCCAACCGACUUGCUCGUUUCGGCGAGAGCAGCGCUUUUGGGAUGAGGCCGAGGCGAGCAGACGGCGGCGUCGCGUUGUCUUUCCUCCCUUUUUCGGUGAAGAGAACACACCUUUUUCAUUAUCUUUUCUUUCUUUUUUUUAAACUGAUUACUUUUGAUAAUUACGAAUAUUUGGAAGUGUUUCAUUCUUUGAAUUUUUCAAAUUACUUCGUCAAAACUUUACUAGGAGAAAGUAGGUUCUUGUUUCAGUUCGGUGAGUUUUUUGCUUUUCUUCCAGUUAGCUGUUUCAUCAUCAUCAUCAUCUUUUAUUCAAUACGAAUAGUAAUACAGUUCGGGGGCCGAAACGACCUCUAACAGAACCAAUUUUUCAAAAAGGGGAAUUUAAACAUUGAAAAACAGCAACAAACCGUUUAAAAAAAUUAGAAGAAAUUUUAAGAAAGUCAGCAAGAAGAUGGGGGUUGUUUUUGUUUCAUUCCCCUCAGUGAGUUUUUUGCUCUUCUUUGAAGUUCCAUCAAGUUAUUUCUGUUUUGAUGGAAGUAUUAGAUGGUUUUUCAAACAGUUCUCGAAGGGUUUUUAUUAUCUUUUUUUAAAAAUUCUUUUGGUUUUUUCGUUUUCGCUCUGGUUUUCUGCGCUUUUUUGCAGGAAACCUUCAAAGCGACUUCAAAUCGCCGAGCAAGAAACUAGAACAAACUUUUUCCAGAUGGUAAUAUUCAAUAAAUUUAUGAGAAAAGUUCUGUUCACUGCAAAUCCAAAAAACGGUUAAGGGAAGACGAUUGAAAAAGGCAUGAUUUGAGUUCUAGAACAAAACAAAAAAAGAUUGUUUGUUGUUAUUCUAUAGUCUGUUCAGAUUUUGAAUGUCAAGUAGAAUGACGUCAUUCGAGAACGCUCUGUGGAUGGCUCGCUCUCUGAUUGGUUUAUCGCGCCAUUAGGCGGCGGAGCUUCAGUGACUACUUGACAUUCAAAAUCUGAACAGACUGUAGAAUCACAUUUGAAAAAGCUUUGGAGGGCUGUUUUGUAAGACUAAAGUUUCUGAUUGAUGAAAGGAUUGAUUCCUUCUGUAAUCGGAGAUUAGAACCUAGGUGAAAGAAACGUUUGUUUCGGUAAACUUGCUCGAGAAAACGACCGAUAAAACUUCUGGUUAUUCUUCAAGUCCUCUUUUUUUUCAAGCAAUAAAAAUAUCCACGCUCACGUGUUAGUACAAAAAGGUGCUUCCUUUGGUGAAACCGUCAUUUUAUGAAAUGACAAUUUCUUCACUAAAGGUCCUUCAAACUCUUUAUGAAAACGUUAUGGGGCCCGACGUUGACGAAACUUCGUUGAACUGCUUUGCGAUGUGAUUUUUCUUUCUUUCGAAACUUAUAAAACACGGCGUUCCCAAACGGGGUGGGAGGACGUCAAAAAAAUUUUGGCGCGAAAUUUGUAAUCUCAAGUACGCAGCCAAAUGUAUUCUUCAUGCCGUUGAAUACUCAGUUUAAUUUGCAACGAUAGGUAGCUGUGACGUCACAGCCCUUUUAUCCGAAGCGCGCACUUACUUUUUUUUGGUAAAUUCAGAAACUUUGACGCCUCGCUCACCUUCUCUCACUCCAUUAGGAAUGCCGUGGUCGCUGAAAUUUUGUCGUGGCUAUGCGGUUUUUGGCGCGAAGUAUGAAAAUAUAGAUCGAUCCGGGUUUUAUGAUGGUUUUUCGAUAUUUUCUGGUGAGGUGAUGGUAUGCCAGUUGCAUUCUUGAUUAAACGAAUUUUUUUUUCCCGCGCUCGGAUUUGAAUUCGAUUUUCCUGCCAAAAGCCGCAUCACGACUGUGAAGAAACACUACGGUAGGAAAUCAAGAAGAACUGUCUUUUUUUUUUUUGAAUUUUUUUUUUUGCAGACAAUUGGCAGGGUUUGACAAACGGGGAGAAUAUCCCGAAGUCAGGAAAAAAGCUCUCGCAGUCUUCCAAGUGUGCUCGAAAAACGGAAGAUUCCUCAAAAGCGAAGCACUUUUGAGCAUUUUGAAAAUCAUCGUGAGUGUUAUUCUUGAUCUUAAAAAAUCAAGACACAGUGAAAGGAUCGAAAAAUUCCAUUUCAGGGAGUUUUUUUUUUAAAUUGAGAGUCAACUCUUUGAAAAGUGGGAAAGAUAAUGAAUAAAAAUAAAAAGAAACAAGGAAUUUAGUGUAGAAUGUGUAUGGAAGAAAUGCAUUACAGACCAUACUGGGGAAAAGCUUAAGGGGCUCUCCCCAUCGAAACCUGUGUAAAAUCAUCAUUUUUCACCAGAGAAGCAUUUUUGCGAUCAAAGUUUGCAAAUUUACCAUGACUAGAAAGCUUCUGUGACGAGAAGAACUUUGGUGACAACAGAAAAAAUUGAAAUUCGAAAGAAACGAAGAAAAAAAAAGCGAAAAUCCGAAAAAUGGCGCAGCCUGUUGUCAAUAGAGCAACUUUACUGCAAGGCGCCCUUUUUGCAGGAACUCAAACUUUCCUCUCUCCGACUUUGAAUUAUUUUUUCUUCAAAACUAAGAAGUUUGGUACUUUUCUAAGUUCACCGUUCGAUUCGCGAUGAAAAACUCUACAAAGUACUGCUUUGAACUGAAACACCGUUUUUUACUGCCCCUAUGCCUUUAAGAGGUUCCUGAAGAGCUUGAGAGAAAGCUGAAGUGGUCACAAACCCCCCCACUAAUCCUUUCCCCAGUAUAUUAAUCAUAAACUAUACAGUCUGAAAAGAUCACGUUUAACCCGUCCGUUAGACACAUUUUCCUUGAAAAUAAUCAAUAUUUGGAUUAUAUUUCAAGAAGAUCAUGACAAGAAUUCCAAUUGAAAAUGAACGAAUUCAUAGGCGAAAAACAGCGAAAGCAGGACGGAAAUAUACAAACGUCUGCACAAUCAAAACCGCUUCACAAGCCAACUUCCAUUCUAUCUGCAAUGGGCUGAAACAUACGCCCAGGGCAGAAAAAUGGAGAAGUUCAAGAUGGUUUGUUCCUUCUUUACAUCGAACAGGAAGCCGAGAUGGUGAAAGUGGUCCCUAAAGGGGUUACGGAGAACAACAAUCCAUAUACAGGUCAAAAUAGUUGAUUUAAUGGGUUCUUGAAGAUAAAAAAUGGUUCCAUUUGAGAGAACACCUCCUGGAAAACGUUAAAAACGUAAUUUUACCCCGUUCAGAACAUUUUGAGCCGGGAUAUGAACGAACUGAAGAAUGACAAUUUUGACUAAAAAAAAAACCGAAAAGUCGAUUUUUCGAGAACCCUUAUGGUUUUUGAGGAUACCAGUUGGUUUUAGCCACUUGGUCCCCUUUAGGGACCACCUUACCGUAAGCUUGUCCCUAAAGGGGGACCUUCAAUCGAUCCUAAGGGUGCUCCUAUAGGGAUAGCGUUCCUUUAGCGUUCCUAAAGAUACGGGGCGUGGCCUGUCUGCGCUCUCCACCAACCAGGCGCUCUCUCUUUUCCUCUUCGUGCCAGGACCUUUUUUCGAGGGCUAAGCUUAAAACUGCCUAGGCUCGGAUAAAGGCAAUCUUAUCAUUCGAAAUUGAAAAAGACCAAAAAAGUGCGACAUAUAAUGGACAAGGAGUGAAAAUAAUAACGAUUGAUUGAUUAUUUUCUACAGUAAGCCAAAUUAAAAAAAUAUAGUCUGUUCAGAUUUUCAAUGUCAAUUAGAAUGACGUCAUUCAAAAACGCUCUGUGGAUGGCUCGCUCUCUGAUUGGUUUAUCGCACCAUUAUGGGCGGAGCUUGAGCGACGACCUGACAUUUAAAAUCUGAACAGACUAUACCUAAUUUUUUUUCCCACUAAUCCCAUUCAGGUCGUGGAGCUGGCCCAAGAAAACUUGGUCCGAAAGGUUUCUUUGGCGAACAUCGAAGCCGGAUUCAAGUCAAUUUUAUCGAUGUUUCGAUAUCAUUUCGAGAUAUUCAGAUUACUGUGGAAAAAGUAUUUUCCCGGCGUGACCUGCAACGUUUUCAGUACGCUGGAUGAGAAGAUCCCGCAGAAAAUGCCUGGGAAAAGGUUUCCAUGCAAAGGUUGGUUUUCAGUCGUGGCCUGUUUGCCCUCUCCACCAACCAUGCACUCUUUUUUAUCGUGUCAGGACUUUUUUUGAUGUCUCAAGCCAGCCGUGAAUCAGCUAUAAGUUGAACGUUUUUGACCCAAAAAAUCCACUUCGAGGAUAAAAUUGCUGGGAAUCGGUAGAUCGAACUUUUUUUCGUGACUUAAUCCAGGAAAUGGUAGAAAAAAAGUCCUUUGAUGAAGUUUUUCAUGCCGCUUCCGAAUAUUAUCUCAAAAAAUGCCUUCAAUGCCUCUUGAAACCGAAAAAUCGAAAAAACCUUUUUUUGAAUUUAGCAGCAACUGAUAAACUUUCUAUCAAAGAAUUAUAGCCUGUGUACCAGGACUUGGAAUUUCACGGAACGACAUUCCGCUGUUCCGCUGCGCGCCUUUGCGGACCUUGGUCGCGCUUUUAAUUUAUUUUUUCCUUUCAUCAAGAUACUCUACUUUCAUGUGCUCCCACAGCAAUAACAAUCAUUUGAAAGCGUGACCGAGAUUCGAAAGACGCUUCGCGAACGCCCGCAGCGGAACAGCGGAACGUCGUUCCGUGAAAUUUCAAGUCGUGGCACACAGACUAUGAUUAAGGUUUUUUUUUCAAGGGUCCUUGCUUAGUGAAAAAUUCUCCUUAGCAAAGACUACCGUUCUUACGGGCUAUUUUUGCAAGUUGGGUCUCUGAAUUUUUCGAAAUUAUUUUGAAACUGCGUCUAGUGGGUCUAGCCUCGUUGAGAAGCCUGUUCAUAAGCUUGUAAGAUUCCUUAGAAGUUGAGAAAACUCAAAAAACUGGAGAAUAUCAUAUUAAAAGCUUCGAAAAUACCUUACAAGGAAAAUAACUUUACUUAGAGGCUGUUAUUCUUCUGAAAUUUGGAAGUCUCCUGAAAGUAUCAAUCUUCAAUUUUUUUAAAAAUGACAUCUCCAAGAAAAUGAUCUUUUUUACGGGCUUUGAUUUAAAUUUGAGCUGUCUGUUUCCAAAAACCAGAAAGUUGUGAAGGUUAGGACUUUCAGAACUUACUCCUUGGCCAUUAGGAAGUGUCCUGACAAAUUUUCAGGACAUUCCAAGGGAAGAUCCCUGAAAAAAAUCACAUCCAUAAUAUUUAAAGAACUCAGCAAAGCCCAAGAAUCGAGUCAGAUCAGCGCCUUAUGAGAAGAAAAAGCCGGAAAGAAAAUCAUUCGAUGUCCUACUGGAUUCUGAUUCAUCUCAUUCUAUCUGCAAGCAGAUUCUGAGGUAUGAAAUAUUCGACACGUUCUGAAUCGAAUUAUUCUUCAGUCGACCAGGUUUGAACAUCCUCAACGACUCUAAGAAACGAGCCUCACCGAAAGAUCCGCCUCAAUCUUGUCAGUUUUUCUUUUAAAUCAUGAGAAGUUGGAGUUAUUAUUUUUCUAGUGUUACUGCUCUAGAGAGCUUCUCAACGAAUUUUUAACAAGUUCUCGAAUUUCCUUGUUGGUAGAUUUUGAUGAGAGCUUGUACGGUCUGACAGAUGAGAGCACCUCUUCGAAAUUCCGAAGUUUUUUUCCAGUCCCCGAAGAUGAGCCAAUCAUAGUCGGCUCCUUCGCCCUGAAACAGGGUUUUUCGGCCGUCACGUCGUCGCCAGUGGAGUCCGGAGUCAUGUCGGCAGAGGGUUCGCCCAUAUUUCUAAUAGGAGCUGUUGAACUGGUGCACCCCGGGAGAAGCGAAUCUGAAAAUAAGUGAAGGCGGGUCGCUCCGGGUUGUCCCGUCUCAUCAGCAACACUGUUUCUAACGACUUUUACCUCCUUUUUUAGAGUUUUUCGGGCACCGACCUCCAACUCAACGACCCGAAGAGGACCUGACCAAAAUGCCGAAAGUUGAUCCUCCCGGCUUCAAAGUUUCCUUUUUCUCAUAAACUGGAAAAUUUUUUAGUGGCCACUAUAGUAGUCAAAUUAGUGGCCACUAUAGAGGUCUGAGUGCUACUACUAGACAACUAAAAGUUUAAGUGGCCACUUUAGGGGCCAAUGGAUCAACAUAACUGGUCCAAUCUGUUUAUUUUAAAAUUAUCAGAGUUACUGGCUACUGAAGUGGCCAAAACUACUGAAGUGGCCACUAAAACGGAAAAUAGUGGUCACUAUAGAGUUUGGUUUAGUGGCCACUUUAGUGUCCUUGGCGAGCCUCUAUAGUGACCACUAGAAAAUUUUCCAGAAAAAGAUAAUCUCCAUUUUUCAGAGAAAAUCCAUCCUUAAAACGACGAUAACUCACUGA